AUUGUGUACUGCAGUACCCAGUAACUACGCAGUACCUACCUACCAGUUCUACUGUCCACCAUCAUUACGGGUCCUGUCAAUUCGCCUUUCUUUUAUAAAUAUAGACCAUGGCUAUUCACAAUUCGCAUGACGGCAUCGUCCACGACUUCUAUUGAUUGACUCUCCCCAGAAUUAUUCUGUUUUCUGCCAUUCUGCAGACAGACUCUCCACCAUGGAUGACCCCCAUGACCCCCAGCCGGUAGUGACCGUCCAGCAGGCCAAACGCAAGCAACGGCCAGUCUAUUCAUGUUUACCUUGCCACCAGCGAAAAGUGAAGUGCAACCGGGUAUUACCGUGUAAAUCAUGCUGUUUGCGUGGUCUCCCCGAAGAGUGCACAUUCCCUCGAUCCGCCGAGGAGCAGAACUAUAUCAGUCAAUCCGAGUACAUCACCCAGCUGGAAGAGCGAUGUCGGACCUUGGAACGACGAUUAGCCCACCUCGAAGCGGUGCGACAACUGGUUAUGCACAGUGCCAACGAAACUCCCCGCGAGCAGUCCCAGGACGAGGACAAAGACGAGGAGGAGGAGGGGGACAACGAAGCCAAUGAUGAAGAUGCCGACGGAGUCAAGAUUCCCCUGGAGUGUUCCCCGGGUGCAGCUGUUUUGGACAUCUUCAUCGAACGCCUGAUCGAAGACUGUUGCCCACUCAGCAAGCGCGAGACUGGGCUCAAACGAUUUAUCCUGAGCGAUGCAUCCCAGAUGAGAAGUCGAUCGGAACUGCUGCAGGUCGCCUUUGAAAACACUGCGUUGAUGUUCAUCGGUCGCACCUGGGGAGACCGAGAUAUUGAGAUGGCGGGCCAUCGGCAUAACAUGUACGCAAUCCGCAUGAUGCGUCGGGCUCUUCGACGGUGUAGUGGUCGAACUGUGCCCUUGGACGUGUUUGUCGCCGCCUUCAUUUUCAUUAUACGCGAGGUGUUCACCGGCGAUAGUGGCGCAUUGAUGAAGCACUUGCUGGGGGCCGCGCAGCUGCUACAGUCGCGCAAACCCGAGGAACACCAAACCGGCAUUGCCCACGCCAUCUUUCUGGACCAUCGCAUUUACUGGAUCGCGGGCUCAAUCCUUCUUCGGCGCCCAUUAUUUCUGGUUCAUCCGGAUUGGAUGAACAUCCCCUGGGCUCACAAGCCGAAAGAUCUUCUUCACCAGCUGUUAGAUAUCGGGGCAGAGGUGCCCUGCUACCUUUCCCAGACGGAGAAAUACCAAGCGGAACUGGCAUCCGGACGGCUCAAGUACGAGGAACUGUUGAACGGGCAUGGCUCCCCAAGUGGCUGGGCACAAAUUCUCGACAGUCGCCUGGAGAGCUGGUACCACCACCACAUCGCCACCUAUCCCCACGGAUCCAUCGUCGAGUCCGAUCACAAAUUGGAUGCUUCCUUUCCCAAUUUCGCCUGCCACCACCCGAACGACGGACAUAUUUUCACUCCCCGGCUCUUGACCUACCCCGAUCUCUUGCUUACCACGGUGAUGUGCUACUACUGGGCUCUACGCAUCACUAUCGCGGGUGCCAAUCCAACUCCACCCUCACGCAAUGAGCAGUAUCAGUGGGCCUGCAACAUCUGCCGGAGCUUGGAGGCGUACAUCACCAAGGGUCCCCGCUGUUUCAUUUAUCGCAUUCUAUACCCCAUUAUUGUAGCAUACCAGACAUUCGAGCGGGGCUCUGUCGAGCGCGGCUUCGUCGACAAACUCUGUCGUCGCUUGGACGAAUUAUACCAGGUUAAUGUCUUUCUCAACCUUAUGGCCCAGAUCGGCAACGCGAUGGAGCUGCCGGGGACCUGA